AUGAGUGACAUCUUCAUCAAUGCGACCAUCUUCCACGAGCGCCUUGCCACCCUCUACAAUACCUGGAAGAAUGACAAGAGGACCGCCGAUGGCUUGUUCGGUGGCGCUGAUUCUCUUGUUAUCGUGACUGGAAAAGCUGAUCAAGACACCAUAUACCAUAAGAACAAUGCAGUCCAUUUCUGGCUUCUUGGCUACGAAUUCCCUGCCACUUUGAUGGUCUUUACCGCUGCCGUCCUGUACGUUGUUACUACUGAGAAGAAGGCUAAGCACCUAGACAAACUCAAGAACGGCAAAAUCCCCAUCGAGGUCAUUCCCAUUACGAAACAACCAGAAACCCGAACCCAGGCAUUUGACAAAGCUGUGGACAUUAUCAGAGGCGCAGGCAAGAAGGUGGGCUUUGUCCCCAAAAAUGAUGCUCUUCACGGUCCAUUCCCAGAGGAAUGGUACAGGGUCCUUGGUGAUCUGUCUAAAGAGGUUGAGCAAGUGGAUAUAUCCAACGCGCUAGCCAUGGUUUUUGCCAUCAAAGACGAGACAGAACUGCGCAACAUGCGAACCGCGUCCCGCGCUGCAAGUGGUCUUAUUUCCAAUUAUUGGGUCGAUCAGAUGUCAGAAGUUUUGGAUCAAGAGAAACGCAUCAGCCAUCGCGCUCUCGCGGACCGGAUGGCGAAGAAAAUCGACGACACCAAAUUCUUCAAAGGCCUCUCCAAGAUUCCCAGCGACUUUGAGAAUCAGCAGUUGGACUGGGCUUAUGGACCAAUCGUCGAGAGCGGCGGCCAGUAUGAUCUGAAAUAUUCGGCUCAACCUAAUGAGGAAAACCUCCAUUCUGGAUGCAUCAUCGCUGGUGUUGGUUUCAGAUAUAAGACCUACUGCUCAGUUGUCGCGCGGACUUAUUUGAUUGAUCCGAGCAAAUCUCAAACCGCCAACUAUAAAAUGCUCCUUGCAGCACAUGAUGCGGCACUGAAAGAGACCAAGGAUGGUGCGGCUGCAAAGGACGUUUACAAUAAAGCCCUUGGUGUCAUCAAAUCAAGGAAGCCCGAACUGGAGAAACACUUCGGUAAAGACGUCGGAGCUGCCAUCGGCAUCGAAAUCAAAGACAGCAAGAUAGUUUUGAACGGCAAGAACCCGAAAACUUUGAAAGAUGGGAUGACCGUCAGCAUUACCACCAGUCUUUCAGAUCUUACCAACGACAAGCCCCAGGACAAGAAGGGAACAAAUUAUGCCCUUGUCAUCACGGAUACCGUCAGGGUCACUCGAGGAGAGCCGGUCAUUUUCACCAAGGAAGCCUCUACGGAUCUUGAUUCAAUCGAAUUCUACUUUAAGGACGAUGAAGAAGAGACCAAGCCUAAGCAAGAAAAGACCAAGAAACCUGGAGCUAGCGCAAUCGUCACUUCGAACAUCAAGUCGUCUCGCCUCAGAGCUGCUAAUCGCACAGAUAAUUCUAAGGAGGAGGAAGAAGCUCGUCGACGUGAACAUCAAAAGGAGUUGGCCAUGAAAAAGCAGCGAGAGGGUCUUGAAAAGUAUGCCGAAGCUACCGGAGACAUGAAUGGUGAUUCGGAGAAGAAAUUCAAGAAAUUCGAGUCCUACAAGCCUCAUGCCCAACUGCCAGCCCGCGUCAAGGAUAUGAUUGUUUGGAUUGAUCUCAAAGCCAUGACUGUUAUCCUUCCGAUCAUGGGUCGACCUGUCCCAUUCCACAUCAACACCAUCAAGAAUGUCAGCAAAUCUGAUGAAGGGGAGUACACUCACCUGAGAUUCAAUUUCUUGUCUCCCGGUCAAGGUGUGGGAAGAAAGGAUGACCAGCCAUUUGAAGAUCCUCAAGCACAUUUUGUCAGAUCUCUGACUAUUCGAUCCAAGGACCAAGAUCGUCUGUCCGAAGUCUCGGCACAAAUCACCGAACUUCGCAAGUCAGCAGUACGACGUGAACAAGAAAAGAAAGAGUUGGAAGAUGUAGUCGAACAGGACAAACUCGUUGAGAUUCGUCAGCGUCGACCCAUCAAGCUCCCGGAUGUAUACUUGAGACCAGCACAGGACGGCAAACGUGUGCCUGGUGAAGUUGAGAUCCAUCAGAAUGGUUUGAGGUACCUAUCGCCACUGCGUAACGAUCAUGUUGAUGUGGUUUUCUCAAACGUCAAGCAUCUUUUCUUUCAGCCGUGUGUCGGCGAGCUGAUUGUCAUCAUUCACGUUCAUCUCAAGAACCCUAUCAUCAUUGGAAAGCGUAAGACCAAGGAUGUUCAAUUCUAUCGAGAAGCUACGGAUAUGGCCUUUGAUGAGACGGGAAAUCGUAAACGCAAGCAUCGAUAUGGCGACGAAGAGGAAUUUGAGCAAGAACAAGAAGAACGACGACGACGAGCCGAGCUUGAUCGUCUCUUCAAAGGCUUUGCUGAGAAGAUCUCUGAUGCUGCCAGGGAAUACAACAUUGCGGUUGAUAUUCCCUUCCGUGAACUCAGCUUCAAUGGUGUCCCUAACCGAAGCAAUGUUCUGAUGGCUCCUACUACAGACGCUUUAGUGCAGCUGACGGAGCCUCCGUUUACUGUUAUCACUCUCGACGAAAUAGAGUUUGGACUCAAGAACUUCGAUCUCGUCUUUGUCUACAAAGACUUCCAUCGACCACCGACUCAUGUCAAUACGAUUCCAGUAGAAUCUCUUGAUCGGGUGAAGGAAUGGCUUGACAGUGUUGACAUUGCGUACUCUGAAGGCCCACUCAACCUGAACUGGGGCACCAUCAUGAAGACCGUGACGACCGAUCCGCAUCAAUUUUUCAAGGACGGAGGUUGGAACUUCCUUGGCACCGACUCGGAUUCCGAAGGAGAAGCUGAAUCCGAAGAGGAGUCGGCCUUCGAGAUGAGUGAUUCUGACCUAGCAGCCAGUGAAUCCGAGAGCGAAGAUGAGAGCGAGUUCGAUGACGACGCCAGCGCGAGUGACGACGAAGGCGAUGCGGAAAGCGGUCUAAGUGAUGAGGGUGAGGACUGGGAUGAAAUGGAGCAGAAAGCCAAGAAGGAAGAUAGAAGAGGUGGCGAGGCCGAAGAUGAGGACCGAGGCAACAGAAAGCGCAAGCGAUAG